UCCCACUCUAGUCACAUCUCCUCCAACUCCGCUAUGGACUUCCCCAAGAACCCUUCCACAAAAUCCCCCUCCUCCUCGUCCUCCUCCACCUCAUCCUCUGCUGCCCACCACCCUCUUCCCUACACCACCACCGACAACGAUCCCAUGCACUCCUGGUGGGAAUCCGUCUCCAAACAACGUUCCCGCAUCCUUUCUCUCUCCUAUCUCCUCCCAUCCGAUGGAAUCACACUUUCCUCCUUAGCCGAUUCCGACCGCCCCGCUCUUUCUCUCCUGUCCUCACCCGCCGCUUACACGUUAAUUUCCUCUGCCCUUUCCUCUCCUUCCUCUGGCUCUGGCUCUGACCCUCUAUGCCAAUGGCUCUACGAAACUUUCCAGUCCUCUGAUGCUCAUCUCCGCCUCCUCGUCCUUUCUUUCCUUCCUCUCCUCUCCGGCAUCUACCUUUCCCGUAUCCACUCCUCGGAUUCCUCUUCGCUACCUUCCCUCGCCGGCUUUGAAGCCGUUCUCCUGGCUGUUUACUCUUCCGAAGCCAAGUCCCGUUCCGGAAAACCUAUCCUCGUCCAAAUUCCUGACCUCUCUCAGCCCUCUCUGUACCACACUCCUCGUAACAAACCCGUUCAUGACAGAUCUAGACAAUCCGUCGGCGUUUUAUCACCGCCGCUCGAGCCACAUUUAGCCGUUAAGUCAACUAAGCGAGCCAUCAUCGUUGGAACCGCGCUUGAUUGCUAUUACAAACAAGUUUCUCAAAUGCCGGCUUGGUCUAAGCUGGAAUUUUGCAAAUUCGCCGCCGCUUGGGCGGGGCAAGAUUGUCCUUGCAGGACAAAAUUUUACGGGGAUGAUCACGAUCACCACGGAAACAGUAACGGACAUGACCUCUUUUUUGCGGAGGGUUCGAGGUUUAUUAACGGAACGGAAAACCGCGACGAUGAUGACGUGGACGUGAACGUGGAAGAUGACGUGAUUAAGGAUGUGGUGGUGGAGAUGGACAAUUUGGGGAUUAACAUAGAAGAUGCUGAGAAUUUGGAAAAAAAGGGAGUGAGGAUCCCGCUACCUUGGGAGCUCUUGAGGCCGGUGGUUACAAUUUUAGGGCAUUGUUUGUUUGGUCCUUCGAAUUCGCAAGAUGUAAAGGACGCUGCCUCGGUUGCGAUUAGGUGUCUAUACGCGAGGGCGUCUCAUGAUUUGGCGCCACAAGCGAUCUUGGCGUUGCAGAGUCUGAUUAGGCUUGAUAAGAGCGCAAGAGCAGCAGCAAAGGCAGCUGCUACGGCUGCGGCAAACGGGUCUUCGAAUACUAACACACCUAGCAAGGUUAAGAAGCCAGAAAUCCUUUUGGUUUCCAAGUGAUUUCAAGGUUUUGCUUCUGCAGGUAAUGGAUGUGUAUAGUUGAGCUCAGGUAUCUUUGUGUAGGAUAAGUUAUACUACGUGGAUAAUCAAUUUUACUACUAUUAGUUAAUUUAUUUUCCUUAGAAUUGUUUUUAUUAUGCCUUUUUCUUUAUUUAUGUUUAGUGAGUUGUAGCAUAUGUAAGGUCUCGAUGCUUAUGGCUUUCUGAUUGCUUAAAAGAUUUGUGUUUUUAUUUCGAAUCGGUUUCAAUUGAGGAUUUACGUCUAGCUGUACUAUCAGGCGAUUGUUUUAUUGAUUUGGGGAAGGGGGCUUGGAACCUGCUCAUGCAGCAACCAUUGAGCCAAAUGCUUGGGUGUGUUAAGCUUUUGGUUUUCUUGUAAAGUUGUCUUGUAAUUUUUGCUAGGAAUGAUAUAUUACGAGUCUCUUAUCUUUAACUGAGGCAUACUCUUUUUUUCAUCAUUAUAGCUUAUGAUUGGUGUUUUGAGCACUAUAUACGUUACUGCUUGUUAAGAGACUCUGCGCCUGUUGAAUUUUAGUUCUGAGUAGGCCACCAUUGUUAAGCUUAUUCUCUUCCAAGUUCCUUAUAUUUACA